AUGCAUAUCCGAAAGGAUCAUGUUCUCCUCACUCUGCUUUACGUGGUCCCAUUUUAUCUUUCUCCAACCACUCGCCCUUCGCCAAGCCUCAGCCGCGAUGCCCCAUCGGUAAUCAGGGCGCGCAUCCGCGCAGUGACAGGCUCCUGCGUGGUUAGCUCUAUUGUAGUUCUCUGGCUCAUCGUUCAAGAAGGCGGUUCCUCCAUAGGCGCCGGCGUGCGACUUCUGGGCUGGUGGCCCGUCGGCGUGCUAGAGAUUUUCCGAUCUCUUCUGCUCACAGCCAUUUUAUUCAUCGGCCCACUUUUCGAGCGCGGUAUUGUCGAGGGCGAAUGGCGAGUAUGGUUCCGUCGCUCAAAGCUUUCUGAAAGCCUGGGUGGCUGGAUUGGAUGGAGGAACUAUGUCGCUGGACCUUUCACUGAGGAAGUGAUGUUCCGGUCGGCCAUCGUGCCGCUCCACCUUUUGGCGCAUGAAUCGCCCGGGCGGAUUGUCUUCAUCGCGCCCCUGUACUUUGGUAUCGCCCAUGUGCAUCACUUCUAUGAGUUCAGACUCACGCACCCGGAUACGCCGGCUCUUGCUGCCCAGUUGCGCUCGCUAUUCCAAUUCGGUUACACCACCAUCUUUGGAUGGUAUGCGACCUUUGUGUACCUGCGCACCGGCUCCUUGAUUGCCGUGGUCGUUGUGCAUAGCUUCUGCAAUUGGUGCGGGCUGCCCCGGCUUUGGGGCCGCGUUGAGGCCGGUGACUCGGGGCCCUCUUUCAAGAGAGGCAAGGAAGAUGAAGAUACAGUGGAAGAUGGUCCCUUGGGUGUUGGGUGGACCGUUGCCUACUAUGUUCUUCUGGUCGCUGGAGCCGUCGGGUUUUGUCAGGCAUUGUGGCCUUUGACGGAAUCCUAUCACGCGCUUGUCUCCUUUACUGCGAAGACGGCCUAG